AAGAAGGAAGUAAAGCGCAGAAAGGGAGGCGACCGCACAAAUACAAUGAUCUCAGAAACUGGGAACGACAAUCCGAAGGCCGACUACCUCCGAUCCGAAGCGAGCUACUGCCCAGACUCCCCCGUCUCCUCUUCUCCGGAAUCUGGGCCGCUGAGCAGGAGGCGGGACACCCAGACCACCAGCGGCAGCAUCAUCCCGGAGGAGAGCGGCAGCAUCCAGCCCCUGGUCUCCUCAGCCGCGGCCGCCGCCUGCAUCAUGACAUCGGGGGAGUUCAUCCAGACCGCUCCCCUGCUGGCGCACAGAUCCAAGAGGAGCCUGCUGUACAAGGCGCUCUGCUUCCUCCUCCUCAUAUUCCAAGGCGGCAUUCUGGACUUCUACCUCAUCAUCUUCACCGACCUGUACUGGUGCUCGUGGAUAGCCACGGACCUGGUGGUGAUCUCGGGCUGGGGGAUUUUCUUCAUGAAGAACGCCCGGAGCAAGAGGGAGCGGGCCUGCGGCUUCCACCAGAAGAGCUCCAUCUUCGGCUGCAACCUCGGGGAGUUCACGUACGCCUACCUGGCCUGGCUCAUCUACGUGAUUGCCUGCACUCCGAAGGUGGUGCUCAUCCUGGAGACCUCCAUCCUGGACCUGAUCGCGCUCAAGGUCCCGUGCGGGGUGACCGGCUUCAAGAUCAUCAUGCUGCUGUCCGCGCCCCUGCUCUUCUGCCUCAUCAACUCCAUCAUCGAGGAUCUGAACGGGGCGACGCGGCACCACUCCCAGAGCUGCUUCAUGAGCACCUGCCUGGACCUGCUGGACUGCUUCACGCUGGUGGAGAUGCUGCUGCGGAACGAGAUCCCCACCGUCUACCUGAAAUACACCGUGGUCUCGGUGUAUUUCGUGGCCCUGGCCGUGCCGGUGAUCUGGCUCUACGAGCUGACUGCGUCGGAGCUGCGCUGCCGGUGGCUGUGGGCCCGCUUCUCCACGGGCCUGGUGGUCAACGCGCCCCUGCUGGUGGUCCGGUGCUUCCAGGUCUUCGUGUACAAAAUGCCCGUGUCGGUGUUCAUGUUCAAAAACACCUUCUUCUUGGUGUGCAGGUUCCUGGAGCUGGUGGAGCAGUGCGUGGCGGUGCGGGGGGUCCGGAGGCUGGCCGGCGGCAACAACCCGGCCCAGUUCUCCCACUGCGUGUCCGAGAACGACAUGUGUCCGCACGGAUACGUCAACACCCUGGCAGUCACCCAGUCCUAGAGCCCGGGCCCAGGGCCCAGGGCCGCUUAUUAAAAGCCGUCUGCCUGUGGUGAUGGCGGGAAAGUGGAGAAGUGGUGCUGCGUUCCAGACACAGCUGGAAAUUGGAAAACCCCAAUUCGGUCCGAAUUACACCUGCAUUUAUACAGGCUGCAAGGUGUUUAGGCAGCAAAGCAUCAACUUAGACUAAAUACUUUCCCACAAAAUGAUGUAGGGAACAUUAAUUCAGUGUGUAGACAAAGGAAAUACUAAAAACUAAAAAUCCCAGUAGGCUAAUCUUAAAGAGCCAUUUCACCCAAAUCGCAAAAAUACAUGUUUUCUCAAUAACCUAUGGUGCUGAGAGGAGAUUACUGCCUCCACAUCGACACAAUGGCAAGGCUGGUCGCAAACAUGGGCAAAUAAGGAGCUGUGGGCCCCCGUCGAGCACCAUGUCUACCCAGCUUAGUUGGGUUAUAAGAUGAUUAAACACUCAUUUAUUUAUAUGCAUCAUGCGGAAAUCUCAAAGAUAUAUAAAGACCAGUUCCACUGAAAAUAUCUGCAGGGUUAGAUUCCACAAGUCAGAAUGUUGGCCCUUUAAACAAUAUGUUUCUUUGUAUCAAGAGCAAAUAUACACCAAAACCACAAAUAGUAAAUAUAAUGAUGAAAGAAACCCAAAGAGACAUUCCAGUUGUUAUUUGCUAAUUAGGGGCCUCAAGGCAGCUGCUUAGUAGUUUGGUCAUAUCAAGGGCUUACCAGUGCAAACUCCUUCGCUGAAUAACAACAGUGCAAUUGUACAGUUUUAUCUCUAUUGUUGCAAACAGGUCCCUUACGUCACUCUGAAACAAGAAGGAGCAGUUUGCUUAGCCAAAAACCUCAGAAAGCAUCUUCUCUCUCUCUGUUUGUCCAGCCUGGUCUAAAAUAACACCAGUAUCUAAACACUACACACUCAGGAAUACUCUAAAAUACGCAUUUCUAUGACAUGUUCCUGCACACAUCAGCGUUCAGCCUGGGCACAGGCCAUCAGCUAUUUUAAAUGCUGCCAAGGGCCAGCUGUGGAUGGGGGGGGGGGGGACUCAUGAUAAAAUGGAUAAAAACACAUGAGCCAAACAUAUUACCAAACACAUUUGUAAUGAAUGAAAUUACCACAAAGUAACUGCUACUUAUACAACUUGAGAUCUUCCAGGCCCCUGAGGGUCUGGGCCCCUGAGGCAGUUCCCCACUUGGUAUUCCAGCCGCAACCAGUUAUGGUGGAUAUAGUGUAUUUUGCUACAUUGGAAAAAUGUCAGAUAAAUGCAUCUCUGAGCUGAGUAACCUUUUGGACUUUUCAACUUGGAAUUCGGACUUUUGGGACCGAUUACAUUUUAGAUAAGAGAAGAAUGGAUUUUCCAAUUUUAGGACAUGUCUGGAACGCAUCAUCUGCAGCAGCCUUACAAAGCUCUCUUUUCAGACCAGUCUACAGGUGCUACAGUCAAACCGACACCUGCAAUAGCCUACAACAAGCAGAGAACAGACUGCAGUGCAUCGGACCUUGCUGAGUCGUGUGUUCAGUCUGUGAGUUUCACCGCUGCACUUGAAUUUAAUACGGAGAGACGCAUAAAGUGCAAUUUAAAGAAUCCUCUGGUCUGACUCACCAGGGCUCCACCCAUUCAGUGUUCUAUUGACGACAGUGUUGUGGUCUGUGCUGGUUCUAAAUGCUGUGUCUGGUGCUGAGAGUAGAGUAGACAUGUUUGUGUAAGUUAAUGCCAUGCAUACAGAUCCGACAGUGCCAUUACAGGUUGACAGGUUUUCUACAGCCCCGUUCAAACGGACCACUGACCAACAAGAGUUCCUGUUGGCAUCUCUGGCUGUGCUACUGUUCUACUACUCCAGUCACUUUUUGGAUCACAGGUCCUAAAAGAUCACUGGCUACUGUCAUUUUAAGCACUGUAGUUCGCCACGGACCGGGCGACCAUAUGAUCAUUCAUAGACCUAGGUUAAUUCUUUUUUUCUAAAAGGUCAUUCCAUGUACACAAAUGCUCAGCAGACUCUCUCUUUUUAUAUAUAUCUAUAUAUAGAUAUACAUACAUAUUUAUUUAUUUAUUUAUUUUGGUAGCCUAUUACUUUCUUAGGAAUAUAAAGUAGUAAAAUAUAUGGAAUCCCAAUCUUUCAAGAAAAUCAAUAAAAAGAUUAGUGAUGACAAAAAUAAAAACUUCAUUUCAGUACGCCAUGACACAGUAGGUCAUUUAUUACCGUCUCUUACUGGCCAAGUCAAUCAUGAGAUAUGAAGUCUGAGUCACAAUCUAAACCUACUAAGUUUUACAUAAAGCUGCACUGAACAAUAUUUUUACCGUAACAAUGGAUCAAAUGGCGAUGUGAAAUGUAAUGUUGCUCCUAGUGAGGAACCAAAAAAGAAUAACUCCAAUCUCUGCAGUUCCUCUCAGCUUUUUUGAUUUCCCAUCUCUCACAGCAGUAUCUCCUCUUAUUCACGAUCGUCAUGGAGACAAAGCUUAGGCUAUGUGUUUUCUGUGGGAUGUAAGUGCCUCUCAAAGUAAGCAUUUGGCAGACGAAUUAUCACAUGACAAAUAUGAUUUUUUUUAAUCUAGAUUACCUAGUGGAAAUGGGUUUCCAUGACAACACCCUCCUGUUUGGUGCCACAAAGCAAGUCAGUAGAUUUCCUACCAGCGAUCCAAUGGCACACAGUCAUCAGCGCUUUCCAUCGGACUAUUCCAUCUAUGGAAUUGAAAUGAAAGAAAAGUGACAUGCACGCUGCACACGACAGGGUGUGUUGAAAUCCUUUCCAGAGUGUAUGUGGAAGUUCACAUAUUGAUGAGUUGAAAUGGGAGACAGUCUGGAUCCAGGUGCUGCUGGCUGGGAUUCCAUUUCAGUGGUCUGUGCUUUAUUUAUAGCAGUGCAUUCAUUAGACACGUACUGACACUACAGCUUUGAAUAACAGCAGGUACAGUAUGUCAUGGCAUGAUCACUGUCCUCCUUCAUUAGCGCUUCAAUAAGCUUGCAGUAAGCUUGUAUCUAGCACAUGGCUGAUCAGAGUAUAUUAGAUGUGACUGAAGAGGAUGUAUAGUGAAGACAUUGUGCAAUAUGAGUCAGAGGGGUCUGAACUGAUUUUAGUGCCUAAUAUUUUGGAGCUGAAUGAACUCUUACUUCAUUGAGGCAAAUUUAAUCAGUGUGCCAGCUUUGUUUGCUUCUCUGUGAGCGAUCAGUGUGUUCAGGUCGGAGGCUGUGCCUUGUGAGCAGCGUAGGACGACUGCUGAGGGGUCAAGAAUGAUGAGGUGGAAAACCCACCAUGGAUUUUGUGAAGUUUUAGCCCCUUUACGGCUAAUCCCAAAUACUUUAGCUUCCAGGCAGCCAGUUGUUUCUCAUCAUUUCAAUACAGCAUUGAAACUGAACUUGCAGCCACUAUGCUUGUGUAGUAAUACACUUUGAAAAGUCUGCACCACAUGCCACAUGGUAUGUGUACUGUUGGUCUGGGUCUGUUUUUCCUGGUUUCUUCCGCUUUUGAGUCAACAGCUUGUGGAUAGCGUGUCCUUCCCUGUUCAACAUGAGCUUUUCCCAGUUUUGCUUGGAAGAACUUGAAUGGCCUGCACAGAGCCCUGACCUUCUCACCAAACAUCAGUGGCCAACAAACACUACUGGCCACGGAGCUGUACAUGUCAAUACAGACUGAAAUGAAAAUUCAGUCAACCAUGAAACAAGAUUUAAGUAUGAAACUGUGAAAACAAGAUAUGAUGUUCAAGCUGUAUUGGAAUGAACUCAUACCAGUGACUGACUGGAGGAAAGCAAUCUCAAAACAUGCAGUUUCCUUAGAAAAUGGCCAGCAUUGAUGCAAAGUGCGUGAGAUCUGUAGAUAAGGGUAAAACCAACUGGGACUUGCAAACAAGUCACUUGUUAUUUGAAUCACAGCAGUGCCAUAAAAAAGGUUUGCCUGGCUAAUUCUGCUCUAAUGGGUCUUGGCCAUAGACUGUAUGGCCUUGGCAUAGGUGUCAUUUACACUGGGGACGCGGGGGACAUGCCCCCACCACCAUAUUUUUUGAAAAAUAGCUUGCAACAAGGAAUUUUAAAUAACUAAUACAAAUUCUAUGAGAAAGGUUUACUUGCACAAUAAGAAAACAUGAAAUGCAAUUUAAAUAUAGAAGAAACAGAUCCACCUUGUCCAAAAAAAGUAACAAAAAAAACAAGCUGAUUACUGAUGAUUACUGCAUCAUAUUAGAUUAGAUUUGUCACCGGCCGCCUGAAUUUUGCUUCCCUUCAUAUAAAUAAAGACAUUUCCACCAUACGUUGUCUCUAGAAUGCAGGAAAUUAAGAGUUUAAUGCUCAAAAUCUCCCCCCAGACCCUCCCCCCACCAGACCCUCCCC